GAAGUGACAGCUCAACAAUGUUAAUAUUGUUACUGUUACUGCCGACAAUACACGUUUUUCUCUACUCAUAUUUCAUCAUCUCAUUGUGCUGUAAAAGAGAAUAGUUGACGUUGAUAAGUAGGUUAUAAAACAUACAUGUGAAAAAUGGCACCAAGCCCGGUUGAAGCGAAUGUGCAAAGUGGUGUUCCGAAAUUGAGUGCAGAAAAUGGUUCAUCCGAUGGAGAUUUGUAUCGUGUUCCAGAGACAAUUAAUUUUCCUGCAGAAGAAGAGGAAACAUUAAAAUUUUGGGGCGACAAUAAGGUGUUUGAAAAAUGCCUUGAGCAAUCGAAAGGAAAACCAAACUAUACUUUCUACGAUGGGCCACCAUUUGCAACUGGAUUGCCACAUUAUGGUCAUAUUUUAGCUGGUACAAUUAAAGAUGUUGUUACACGGUAUGCACAUCAACAAGGCUAUCACGUUGAACGACGAUUCGGUUGGGAUUGUCACGGUUUACCCGUUGAAUAUGAGAUCGAUAAAACGCUCAACAUUCGUGGACCAGAAGACGUUGCCAAAAUGGGAAUUGCGGCAUACAACAAUGAAUGCCGAAAAAUUGUCAUGCGUUAUGCUAACGAAUGGGAGCAAAUUGUAAAUCGAAUGGGUCGAUGGAUUGAUUUCCGUAAGGACUACAAAACGUUGUAUCCAUGGUUUAUGGAAUCAAUUUGGUGGGUUUUCCAUCAAUUGUUUGCCAAAGGUUUGGUUUAUCAAGGUGUAAAGGUGAUGCCUUAUUCAACUGCCUGUACUACCGCUUUGUCGAAUUUCGAAUCGGGUCAAAACUACAAAGAUGUUGUUGAUCCAUUCGUUGUUGUUGGAUUCCCGCUUCUUUCACCGAAAUUCAAAGACGUUCAAAUGCUUGCAUGGACAACAACACCAUGGACAUUGCCAUCGAAUUUAUCGCUUUGUGUGAAUCCGGAAAUGGUUUACCUUCACAUCAAAAUAAAGGACACCGGUGCCCAAUACAUCUUCUCCGAAUCACGAGUUGGCACUGUAUUCAGUGAUGACAAAUUAUACGAUAUUGUAGCGAAAUUGAAUGGCAAACAAUUGAAAGACGAAAAAUACGAACCGUUAUUUGAUUAUUUUGUCGAGUAUUCGAAAAAAAUGAAUGCACAUCGUGUAUUAUGCGAUGGAUAUGUUACAGAAGAUUCUGGUACUGGAGUUGUUCAUCAAGCACCAUACUUUGGAGAGGACGAUUAUCGUGUGUGCUUAAUAAAUGGUAUCAUACAAAAAGAUAGUGAGAUUAUUUGUCCGGUCGAUGAAUCGGGCCGAUUUGUUGAUCCAGUUUCACAUUUCAAAGGGCAAUACGUUAAAGAUGCCGACAAAAAUAUCAUUGCACAUUUAAAAGCAAGCGGUCGUUUGAUUCAAAACGGUCAAGUUAAGCAUAGUUAUCCAUACUGUUGGCGAUCAGAUACACCGCUUAUCUACAAAGCCGUCCCAUCGUGGUUCAUUCGAGUUGAACAAAUGUCACAACAAUUGCUAAAGUGCUCUUCACAAACAUACUGGGUGCCGGACUUUGUGAAGGAGAAGAGAUUUGGCAACUGGUUGCGUGAAGCACGAGAUUGGGCUGUCAGCAGAAAUCGAUACUGGGGUACUCCGAUUCCAAUUUGGAUGUCGGCCGAUGGCGAGGAAAUUGUUUGCAUCGGUAGCAUUGCAGAGCUACAACAAUACAGUAAAACACCAAUCACAGAUUUACAUCGUGAAUCAAUUGAUGACAUUGUAAUUCCAUCGAAGCGACCAGGUCAACCGCCAUUACGUCGUAUUACACAAGUAUUUGAUUGUUGGUUUGAAUCCGGUUCUAUGCCAUUUGCGCAACAACAUUUUCCAUUCGAAAAUGAGCAAGAAUUCAAAAAUUGCUUCCCAGCUGAUUUCAUUGCCGAAGGUAUUGAUCAGACGAGAGGAUGGUUCUAUACAUUGCUUGUCAUCUCAACGGCUCUAUUCAAUACGGCACCGUUUAAAAAUCUCAUUGCAAAUGGUUUAGUUUUGGCAGCCGAUGGCCAAAAAAUGUCCAAACGUAAAAAGAACUAUCCCGAUCCAAUGGAAGUAGUGCAUAAAUAUGGUGCUGAUGCUUUACGUUUGUAUCUUAUCAAUUCACCAGUUGUACGAGCAGAAAAUUUACGUUUCAAAGAGGAAGGUGUUCGCGAUAUAAUCAAAGAUGUAUUUUUACCAUGGUUCAAUGCAUAUCGCUUCUUAUUCCAAAAUAUUUAUCGUUAUGUUAAAGACGAACCAACUGCAAAUAAUCAAUUUCAAUUUGAUGCAACGGUUGUGGCUGGCGCCACCAAUAUUAUGGACGUAUGGAUUCGAUCGUUCAAAGAAUCGCUAUUGGAUUUCACCGCACGCGAAAUGAAAGCAUAUCGUUUGUACACCGUUGUGCCACGUCUAACGAAAUUCAUUGACCAACUUACAAAUUGGUAUGUUCGUUUGAAUCGUAGACGUAUCAAGGGCGAAGAAGGUGUCAAAGAUUGUGUUGCAUCGUUGAAUAUUCUUUUCGAUGUUCUGGAUACAAUGGUAAAAAUGAUGGCACCAUUCACGCCUUACCUUUCAGAAUACAUGUAUCAACGUUUGUCACGUUUGAAUACAUCCAGCAAUUUGUCGUCAAAACCACCAGCAUCACCGGCUGUGGCAAAGGGAAAAAAGAAUUCAGGAGCUGCCACAUCAUCGACAUUCAGUGGCAGUGUUCACUUGGAAAUGAUGCCGAAAGCAAAUCGCGCAUAUAUUCAAACAACCGUUGAAACGGCUGUAAAUCGUAUGCAAAAUGUCAUUGAAUUGGGUCGAGUUUUGCGUGAUCGCAAAACAAUGCCAAUUAAAUAUCCCGUACCAAGUGUUAUUGUCAUCCAUAAAAAUGAGCAAUACCUUAAAGAUGUUCAAGCACUCGAACCAUUUAUUUUGGGCGAAUUGAAUGCACGUCAGUUGGUCACAUGCGCUGACAAAGGUGUAUAUGGCGUUAAAUUACGCGCUGAACCCGAUCACAAAACUUUGGGCUUAAGAUUGAAAGGUGAUUUCAAAAACGUUAUGGCUGAAAUUAAAAAACUAACCGACGAUCAGAUUCAAGCGGCUCUUGACCAGGGCUAUUUUCAAGUUUUGCAACAUCGUGUUGAAUUAGAAGAAAUUCGCAUCAUUUAUGCAUUGGAUGAGAAAACAGACUCGAAAUUUGAGGCACACAGUGACAACGAUGUUUUGGUAUUGAUGGAUUUGACACCGACCGAAGAAUUACUAUUCGAAGGUGUUGCACGUGAAAUCAUAAAUCGUAUUCAAAAAUUGAAGAAAAAAGUACAAUUAAUCCCAACCGAUCCGGUUAUUGUAUAUUACGAAAUAUCGGAUACCAACAGUGAUUUAAGUAAAGUGGCCAAAACACAUCAAGAAUUUAUUGAAGGAGUCAUUAAAUCACCGUUUUUGCCACUUGAUGCGGCAAAAAUAGCAAAAGAAGCGUCAACACGCAGUUUUAUUGACGAGGAAUGCGAUGUUAAGGGGGUCACAUUCAAAAUAACCAUUAGCAUGGAAAAGAAAGCGGCCAAUGCUGCUGCUGCUGCGAAAACUUCAACGAGUCCGGCAACAAAACCUGUGGCUCGUUGGCUGAAUGUAGUCACAAAAAUUCAACCCCGUUAUUGCUCGUCCGGUGCCAGUAACCUUGGCACCGUUCUCAUUGAUGAUCCCCAUAAGAAACCAUUAACUCUUCAGAAACUACAGCGCGAAAUAGAGCAAUUGUUCGGAUUGUAUCACAUGAAUUUGUUCUACACAUGCAAUGGAAAGCCGGUUGAUUUAUCGUCACCCAUUGACACAGCCGAAAAAUUCAACGGCGAAACUUUGUUCGUGUCCAACCAACCCGGAUACGUGGAAAGCGAUAAGAAACUAUUAACCACAGCUAAAGUACCGUUUGUAAAAUUUUCCAACGUAACGGUUGACGGAUUGCCAAGAACGAUUUUACUGGAGAAUCCAAAGGGUGAACUUUUAUAAGAACCGAAGAUUCAUAAAAACAAUCAAAAGUUAUUUAAAGAUAAAAUCAAAUUAUAAAGAAAAUCGUUCUAAAAUCGAUUAACUUAAAUCGCGAUAGAAAAAAAAAACUGGCAUUCAACAUGGAUUGAUUAUUUUCUGUUUGACAUAUAUUCUUGAUUUAUUGAUAUAGAAUUUCACAAAAGAAAUCGUAAUAAAAUACGAAACAAUUUCUGUACUUGGCAAUAAAAUUGCUCCCGCAAAGAAUAUUUUUUUCUUCAAUAAAAUAUCGAUUUGAGCAAUAAAAAAUCUUUCA